AUGUACAAUGGAGCUAAGGUAAGAAAGAGGACGUGCGAUAGCGGUGAGGAACGACCACAACAACCUGACGGAAAAAUUCCGCUGAACGUUGCGGCUGUACGACUGCGGAAUCUCGCGAAACUUUCCUAUCCGGUAGGUGGUCACUGUCAGAAUCAAAGAAAAGAUGAUGUCGUUGAAAAGUGGUAUUAUUCUGCAGAGCGAACAAUGAUGGCAAGGAAUUUGGCUCGUAGGAGGAGACGGACCUUCUUACUUCCAUCGUCCGUGGAACCAAACUGUGUUGAAAUGCGAAAAAUUCUCUUCAAAAAGGACUUUUCACAAGUGACGACAAUCGUACCUGCCCACGCCAUCGCCAUAUGCAUUCGCAUAGAGCAAAAAGCGGACAGAAAGGAAGUUUAUCUUGCAGAGCAAUCGCUUCAGUUGCUGCGUAACGUCGUGAUCUCCCAACAAGCAUAUGAAGCUGCUACUUUACGUAUGAGAAUGAACAAGAAAACUCCUCUCCCGAAUGGUUGA